GAGAAGUUCAACCUCUUUCUCUCUCUCUCACUAUAUUUAAGUCCAUGGCAGCAACGAAGAACCAUGUAUCUCCAGCUCCAAGAGACUCUGAUGACGGACACCUAGUUACUGUGCUUAGUAUUGAUGGUGGUGGCAUUCGGGGAAUCAUUCCAGGAAUCAUUCUUGCUUUUCUCGAAUCAGAACUUCGGAGGCUUGAUGGUGAUAAUGUAAGAAUAGCAGACUACUUUGAUGUGAUUGCAGGAACAAGCACUGGGGGAUUGGUCACUGCAAUGCUUACUGCUCCAAACGAAUAUAAUCGACCCUUGUAUGCAGCCCAACAUCUUAAGGAUUUCUACCUUAAUCAUUCUCCACAAAUCUUCCCACAGAAUAAUGUAAUCGCUUCUGUCGUGAAGUUCAUCACAAGUCUGUGUGGACCAUCGUAUGAUGGCAAGGAUUUACACAAGAUUAUUAGGGACAACCUAAAGGAAACAAGAUUGGACCAGACAUUGACAAAUGUUGUCAUCCCAACAUUUGACAUCAAACGCCUUCAACCAACCAUCUUUUCCAGCUUCCAGUUGAAGAAGAGGCCAUAUUUGAAUGGCUUGUUGUCGGAUAUAUGCAUAGCAACGUCAGCAGCUCCAACCUAUCUUCCAGCACAUUACUUCGAAACCAAAACCCAACACGGUCAUGUCAUGGGAAAGUUUGACCUAAUAGACGGUGGCGUCGCAGCAAAUAACCCGACACUGGUGGCCAUGGCAGAAGUGACAAACCAAAUUUCCCAUGAAGGUCAAGGUGAUAGCUUGAAGGUGGAAGCGAUGCAAUACGAUAGGUUUUUGGUGAUAUCAUUGGGAACGGGUUCUCAGAAACAAGAACCGAAAUACAGUGCUAAAGAAGCAGCUGAAUGGGGUGUAUUGAGCUGGGUUUCCACUACCAAUGGAAGCACCCCUUUAAUCGAUGCCUUCACUCAAGCAAGUGCUGACAUGGUUGACUUCCACAUCUCUUCCGUUUUUCGAGCACUCAAUUCUGAACAUAACUACCUCCGAAUCCAGGACGAUACAUUAACUGGGGAAUCAUCUUCUGUGGACUUGGCCACGGAGGAUAAUUUGAAGAAACUGGUCUCAGUUGGGGAAUCAUUGUUAGAUAAACCAGUUUCAAGGAUUAACUUAAGGACUGGCCUUUACGAAUCUGCUGGAACUUCUGAAACAAACAGAGAAGCCUUGACGAGGUUUGCGAUACGACUAUCCAAACAGAAGCAAUUUCGUAAAUCUCAGACGUCUGCAAACAAUGGAAAUUCUCAAAAGAAAGUUGUAUGAUGAGUAUGGUAUUAUGAUUUGUAGUGUGUUACAUAUCUUUUAUAUUACAAGUGUUGUGUUAGGCCAUAUGUGACUUAAGCCUAGGCGCUUGAACCAGGGUCAACGGUUUAUAGGUGUUAUUGGGUUCAGAGUAAUUAAUCCAAAUAAUUGAGUGUUCUUGCAAGCUUCAAUGAUGUGAUGUAAACGCUUUGUAUUUUAUUCAAUUAAUUUGAUG